GCCGAAAAGGAGUGUGAAAAGUAAUGAAAUACUAAAGUUUCAAGGGAGCCAACUCGGUCAGAAAACCUUAACCAUUAAGUAUAGUCAUAGACGGGAAAGUUUCGAAUUAAAUUUUAUCCUGGCAUAUAUACCUCUUGAAAUUUAUGACGGCUGAUCAAAGACACGCAUCCGCAAAAAGUCAUUAUCGAUUCAAAUUAGAAUUUAAAUAAUGUUUUGUACUUCUUUUGUGUUUCUUAAGUGGGACCACCAUAAAGUGCUAGAAAAAUUUGUUUUCAUAUCCUUUGCGUUUGGUGAAAAAUGUGUGUCUGCUUUUCUUCACUUUUUCGACUUUUUAUUCCGCUUUUCUGACCUAAACAAGGCCUAAUUAUUCGAUCUGCUUGGCAAAAAUGGCGGCUCAUCCAAUCAAAUAGGACGAUUUUUCCUUUUUAUUUAUGGUUAAGAUAACCUAGGGAAUCACUACAAUCAACGUCAUUCUAGUGGUUUUUCACGUUGAAUGUGGCGAUUUGCUCCCAACGUUUGCUCCUGGGUUAUCUUAAGGGUACCUCCCCUCUUUUUUUACCAUUUUGGAAAUCGAGGAAGCCGAUGUCGGAUCGGGUUCAAAUUUAUACCAGAGAUAGAACAUCGAAAAAGAAAAUCGAUGUAUCUUGCCCAGAAUUUUCUGACGUGUUUUUCUAUGGAUUUUCUAGAAAACUCCAGUUUUCAUUGGCACACAUUACGACCCCCCGAAAAAAUGGUCCGAUCGAGCUCAAAAUCUUACCACAGAUACUUCAGAUCCUAUCUCAGAUAUUUUUCUUUUUGAAAAUAUGCUUUCUUUCUCGAGAUAUUCGAAACAUACUGAAAAUUCCAUAUAAAAAACCGGUUUUUCAUUUCGAAAAUCUUCUCGCACCGAAAGUUGAAAUCGGAAACGCUUUUAAAAAAAACGAACCUGAGAUAGGGUCUGAAGUAUCUGUGGUCAAAUUUUGAGCUCGACUGAACCAUUUUUUCGAGGGGUCAUAAUGUGUGCCAAUUCAACGGACUAUUGAAAAAACGUAUAGUGAGGAAAAUACAUACUGUACACAGGGCUUUGUUUUUCAGGGCAUUUGUAGCUAUAUCUCUAAGAUAUGCUUAUAUCUCUAGGAAAAUCAUCGGAAAAUUCUGGCAUACAUCUCAUUCUGAAGAGCACAUUUCCAUGCUAUAUAUAAGAAAAAAUUUUGAAUAUACAGGAAAGGAGAGAAAAUUUACAAACCAAAAAAGUUGAGAUUUUCUAGGUUUUGAACGUAAACCUCACCCUUAACCUUUGUUUAUUUUUAUUUUACACGGAACCUGAACGGGGCCAACUCUUAUAGUGUAGAAUAAGUCUUCUUUAUUCAAUUUAUUGCAGGUGGAAUUUAAAGGAAACAUCAAAAGAAUCGGACAUAGUUUUUCCCAUUGUUUUAAUAGACCUGUAGUUUUGAGUAUGUACGACAUCUAUAGUAGUCGUUUGAAAAACUGUCUCUUUCAAAAAUGAAUUCAAUGAGAAAAACUAAGAUAAAUACUAAUUAAAAACCUUCUCUUAAUACCCUUCUUAACCUGGCAGUGAAUAUAAUGUAGAAAAUUUUAUCCUAUUAGAAUGGCGAUUUUGUUACCUUACGUCGAUGUCAUUGUAGCUUUUGCUGAACGGAAUCAGUGAUGAACGACCGGUGAAACGAGAGAAGGAAAUGAUUCUGAAAAUGCUCGUAACAGCUACAUUUCUUUGUGUAUUGGUGUACUGGUUUCUGAGUCUUUUUGUAGUUGCCAUUACCUAAAAGAAGUAUUUCUGGAAAUAAGAGCUUUGUUAUGUUGCUGAUUUGCAUUGUUCAAUACGUCUUAAACAAAAGGCGGCGUUGAUAAUCUGUCACAGGUUCUGCCAUAUUUUUAUGUACGUUCGAAAAAGUUUUAUCAUUCACACGUUGUUUUAACAGACGUUCUAUUACAGCUCAAAUCAAAAUCUCAACUUUGUUGUACUUCAGUUACCUGUGAAAUUCAAAGAGCACAAGAUCUUUGUUAAUUUUAGAUGUGUGAAAUGAAAGAACAUCGUAUGAUCUCAAGCGUUACCUUCAAAAGAUAGAUGGCAUCAACAAUUAGACUUCGGUAAGUCAAUUAGACUUCUACAGCAUAUAAUUUACAAUCUAUGUCUGUUUGUUCGGUUCUCUAGUGAUCAGCUUCAAGAAGUCUUAUCAUUAUUAUCAAAUGGUUCCUCAAGUCCAAAAACUGGAGAUCAAAUUGGAAUUGAUUCAAACAAUUUUAUCCAUUCGAUUUCUCAAUCGUUUGAUCUUGUUGAACCGUUAGAUUUUGAAGAUUAUGUUCAAGAAAAUCGUUCAGCAAUUGAAAGAGAUCAAUGUCGUCAUAUUUUAGAAUAUCCCCAAGAUGAUAUUGAAUUUAUUCGACUUGAUAAACACGUCAGAACCCUAUUAGCACAAAUGCCGGAAAAAGAAGCAUGGUCUGAUCCUCAUAUACGUGAUUGUUUACAAAGUUUUAACGGUGAACAUUAUUAUCUUCGACGAAAUUAUGGAAAUUAUGGUAGUUCUCAAACGUUGUUAAAUUCACGUUCAGAACAAAUGCUCGUCUUACAACAAACUCCAAGACAAGAUUAUGAAGUCGAUUUAGACGAUAAACAAAUAAUUAUUGAACAAGAAAAGGAUAAUUCAAGAAAAUCUGUUGAAUCGGUGCCACGUGGAAGUUGGGAGAUGUCUAAGUUUGAUUUAGAAAAAUCAGAACCAGAUACAAUCAUGCCUCAUUUAAUUGAACGGAUUCCAAUCGAAAGUGUUGAUAAAGAAAAUGAAUUACUACGAGCAAAAAAUCGAUAUCCAAAACUAAUGAGCUCAUAUCCAACUCAAGCAGAAAGUGAAUGUAUUGAAUAUCGAAUGGUACCAGAAAUACUAUUACCGUGUUACACCUUUAAAUUGCAAGUAAAAUGUUUAGAAUUCAAAUUAGAACCAGAAAUUGAACCAAUGUUUUUGACACUUGCUCUAUAUGAUUUUAAAGAACGAAAAAAGAUAUCAGAAAAUUUUCAUUAUGAUUUAAAUUCUGAUACUCUGAAACAAAUGUUAAAUAUUCCAUCUUGUCAGGAUGUAUCCACCCUUAGUCGUUCGGCUAUAUUUCAAAUUAGUUUUCCAUCACCCGAUAUUUAUCUUAUAAUUAGGAUUGAGAAAAUUCUUCAACAGGGUGAUCUAUCAGAUUGUGCUGAACCGUAUAUUAAACAAGAUACAAAGAAUCAAAUGCGUUAUUAUGAGCAAGCUAUUCAAUACUGUCAACGUUUAGGAAAAUAUCGGACACCGUUUGGUUGGCAAGCAAUUAGUUUACAAUCAAUUUUAAGAGAAGUUGAGAGUGAGAGUAGUAUAAAUGAACCGAUGAGUCCAACAUCAAAAGCAUCGAGUUUGGAACGAAAAAAUUUGGGUGCAACAACCGGUUUGAGAAAUGCCUAUGAGAGUUUUCGACGUUCAAGAGAUGAAAGCUUAACACGAAAAACAUCGGUAAAAGAAGAUAAACUAAUUAAUUCAUCAAUGACACAAGGUGCAUCAAAUUCUUCAUCAUCGUCAGCAACAAUGCCAAAUGUAUCUACAGUUCAAGAUGAAUUUUUUCAAUCAUUGGCAAAUUUUGAAAAACCGAUUACGUUAGUGUUAAAAAAUGUAUAUAAACAGGAAGCUGAUCGUCUAAACGAUGAAGAUUUAUUUAAAUUAUUGUCUGAUUAUCGAAAACCACCUACAUUGGCAAAAAAAUUGAAAAUGAUUCCAGUUGUUAUUAAAUUUGAAUUUAGUCAAAUUCUUAGUCAAGAUGUUGAAUGUUGUUUAGAUCCAGAUUUAUAUCGUUUAAAACCUUAUACAGAUGAAACACGUCGUCCAAUCAAAGAAAUGUUAGAAUUUUCACCACGAGAAAUAUUUGUUCCUUAUACAUCCUACCGAAAUCUUUUAUAUUUAUAUCCAUUACAACUUAAUUUUUCAAAUGUAACACGUUCAUCUGGUAAUGUUCGAAAUAUUGCUAUUAAAAUUCAACUUAUGGCAGGUGAAGAAGAAAUUUUUGCAUUACCCGUUAUAUUUGGUCGAUCAUCUGGACUCGAAUUAGUACGAGAAACAUAUUUACCCGUAUUAUAUCAUACUAAGACACCAUCAUUUUACGAUGAAGUUAAAAUUCGUUUACCAGCAUUAUUAGAUGAAAAUCAUCAUCUAUUAUUUACUUUCUGUCAUAUUAGUUGUCAACCAAAAGAAAAUCAACCCAUUGAAACACCUAUUGGAUAUACGUGGCUACCUCUUUUACGUAAUUCUCAUUUAAUUCAUGGUGAAUAUUCUUUACCUAUUGCUCAAGAACAUCCCCCACCAAAUUAUUCUCUUGUACCACCGACAGUUGAAUUGCCAAGUGUAAAAUGGGCCGAUAAUCAUAAACAAUUAUUUACAUUAUCCAUUAAACCGAUAUCAACAAUUCAUUCUCUUGAUGAAAAACUUGAUAAUUUUUUUCAUUUAACAAAUAUAAUUCGAAAAAAUAUACCAAACCAUCAACGUACUACAGCGUCAAUGGGCGAUGGUGUAUCACUUGAAAAAGAAUUUAAACAGUCGAUACAAAAUAGUGUACAGGCAAAUCCAGAAGCACUUGUACACUUCUUUUAUAUCCUUUUUGAUAAACUUUUAUAUUUACUAAUUAGACCGCCUGUACUGAAUGGACAUAUAGUUAAUAUAGGUCAAACUUGUUUUGAAUCUCUGGCUCGUAUCGUUCAACGUAUCAAAGAUUUAUUACCCGAUAUGAAUGAUUCUCAUUUGAGAAAUAAAUUAUUAGUCACAUACAUACAUUAUGGAUGCACGUUACAUACUACAGAUUCAGAUGUAGCAGUCUCAUCGAAAUCGGCUAGUUUACGUCCAAGUACAUUAUAUUUACAACGUCGCGUACCUCGAAGUACAUCAAAUCCAGAUAUACCAAGUCCGUCGUUAUCACCUGAAGAUGAAAUUGUUGCUGGUUUUUCAACGGGUUCAUCACCAAAAAAAGUUGAUCUAUCACCAGGAAUACUCAAAGAUGGAAAUUAUCAAAAAAUUCAACAACGAAAACAUUUACAUGAAGAAUUAUUAUUGCAAUGGGUUGUCUCAACGGGUUUAACAAAAGAUUUUGCACUAAAUAAUAGUUGGUUCUUUUUUGAAUUAAUGAUAAAAACAAUGGGCUACUAUUUACAUAUUCACGAUCGUUUUCAUUUGACGCGUAAACAACGUUUUUCUGAGCAAUUUUGUGAAGAUCUUAAUACGUUAUUAAGAAUAAUUACUAGAGAAUUACUUGAUAGACAAACAACAAACAGGACAACAACAAAUUUUGAUUUACAAAUAACACAUCAAACAGAAAACGUUUACUACAUUAAUUUAAAAUUAGAUUUUAUUCGAAUCGUUUGCAGUCAUGAACAUUAUAUCACUCUAAACUUACCUUUUAAUCCUGCAAAAUCGGCAAAUUCAACUACGACAUCGAAUACGGCCUCUUCACCUCCCACUCUGUCACCGAGUCCAAGUGUCGGAAGUAUUCAAUCAUUUGGAAGUAGUUCUCAUAGUACUCAAACAGAAGAUCAAUGUAAAAAUCAAACAGAUUUAUCUUACGAAUAUAGACAACAACAUUAUCUCACUGGAAUUGUUCUUCAAGAUUUAGCUAAAGUACUUACGUUAAGUUCUCAUGUCUUGCAUGGUAAAGCGAUAAAUACACUACGUAAUUUAUUAACCAGUCAUGAUUUUGAUGGACGUUUAACAAGUCAAGAGUGUCGAUCACGUGUGGCUCAUCUCUAUUUACCAUUGGUUAAUAUUGUCACAGAACAUUUGACAAAAUUAUUUGAUCCAGGCAAUGCAUCAUUUGGUCAACUAAACCGUCCUUCUUUCGUUGCAACCGAUGAUCCAAUUGAUGUUACGAUGUCACAAAUUAACAAUGAAUCUCAUUCAAACGACGAACAACAACAAGCCGAUGGAACAAUGAGACGGAUAUUGUAUGGUGAAGAGACGUCAAAAGAUUUGCUGAUUUGUUUUUUGUGGUUGUUGAAAAAUUCAGAUAAAUUAAAAUUGAAGCACUGGUGGUCGAAAGUGUCCCGUUUAAUGUUGACAAAAAUUAUCCAUUUACUUGACUUAUGUACGGCCAGUUUCGAAUAUAAAGGCAAAAAAUGUAUUCGCCGUUAUCGUGGCCAUGUACAAUCGAAAAAGGCAAAUAAUGUUAAAAUACAGUUAGAAGAAGCCAUUAUGGGUACACAAAAUGCAAGAACAGAAUUGUUGUUAAGGAGGAGAAAUACAAAUGUACAAGAAGUACCAAAAGGCAAUCUAAGAUGGCGAAAAGAUCAGACUCAUUGGAGACAAACGAACAUUGAUAUUGUAAGAAGUGAAGAUGAAAUAUCAGCUGAAGCUCAUAUCGAAAGUAAUCUUGCUUCAGAGUGUACAAUGAUUAUUCUUGACACAAUUGAAACAGUAAUCCAAGUUGUUCAAACAACAGAUUGUCAUCAGAUCUUGCUACCUGGUUUAUUGCGUAUUCUGUUACAUUCAUUUGCCUUAAAUCAGAGUACAUGGAUAUUACAAAAUUUAUUUUCACAUCAACGAGCCAUGGUUUAUAAAUUUCCAGAAUUAUUAUUUGAAGAAGACACUGAACAAUGUGCCGAUUUAUGUUUACGUUUAUUAAAACAUUGUAGUUCAUGUUUAAGUACAAUACGUUCACAUGCUAGUGCAUCACUCUAUUUGUUAAUGAGACAAAAUUUUGAAAUUGGAAAUAAUUUUUCUCGGGUAAAAAUGCAAGUAACAAUGUCAUUAUCUUGGCUAGUUGGACAAAGUCAAGCAUUUAAUGAAAUAUUUUUAAGAAAAUCGUUAAGAACUAUCUUAACAUAUGCUGAAGGUGAUACUGAAUUGCAAGAUACAGCAUUUCCAAGCCAAGUAAGUGAACAUGUCACACAGUGGGCAUUUUUCUAUAGAGCAGGUGGACAUAUACUGUAGGAGUGGUAUGAAAGCCUAUAAACACGUUCUUCUAUAGGUUUUCGAAUAUGCUCUUUCUAAUGAUGAGAUUUACAGUACUCAAAAGUAAUUCCUUGCGGAUUUUCUGGAGACCGGAUCUCUGGAAAAUCCAUAAAAAAUAUUUUUGCAUUUCGAGAACCUCACUAUUCGAAAGAUCAUAUUCGAAACCCUAUAAAAAAUGUGUUUAUAGACUUGUGUACUAUUGCUAAAAUAAAUAUCCAAAUUCCUAAGCAAAAUUUGCUGCGGACAAGCUUUCAAGUCUAUAAUUCAAUUUGAUCGAAAAUAUUUCUGCAGA